AUGGCGCAAGUACUCACAGGUGAUCAGACACACAAGUAUCUGGGACGCAGCCUGUGCGGUUCAUUGGUUCGGAGACACGUUGUUGAGUUCAAUCAUCAUGUUCAACUGGCGUGGAACAAAUUCCAUCGACAUCGCUGUGUCCUGGUCAACAAGCAUGUGUCCAUCAAACUUCGCAUGAAGUUUUUUGACGCCGUCGUAACGCAGACCAUAUUGUUCGGCUUGCACACAUUGGCCUUAACCGGCGUGCAGCUAUCCAAACUCGAUUCCCUACACAAGCGGAUGCUGCGGUCAAUGGUUGGGUGGAUCCGAAUUCAAGACGAGAGCUGGCACGACACCGUGAGUCGCAUGAAGAGCCGGGUGGCCAAGGCUUUACAUCAGCACCCCAUCGAAGCACCCAUCGUGGCAUGCACAAAAACUAUUGGCCAGUUCAUUCGCCGGAAGAGUAGCGCAGACCAAUGGUUGGGUGACACGUGUGGUCACAUGGAAUCCCGAGUAACUGGCAUGACAACUUUUCUUUGGCACCCAAGCGCCGACAAGGACGCCCACUGA